UCAACAUGUGUAGUAAUGAAGUAAAGACGGGAUCUACAUUAUAUUUAGAUAUAAAUAUAAAACCUGCAGAUAAUAUCAACAACUGUUCCUGUAUACUACAGUUAAUUAAACCUGGUACAGAUACAGGACAGACUUACCCUGUUACCUUCACUCCUUUAUAUCCAAACCAAAACAACUGGUGUUAUUAUAGUUUAACUGUGACAGAUGGAAGUUUAACAGAGAUAUAUGAUUGUACACACCGAAUACCUUUAAUACAAUUUCAAUUAACAGAAACAGUAGAUAUAUUAUUAUAUAAAGAACUAGGUCAGGGUGAUCGAAAUGUUACCAGAUGUGUUAAUAUUGAAACAGCUGCUGGUAAUUAUUUUACUAUAUCCUGUUCAUUACCCAACAAUCAGUCACCACCGACAGUAACCACACCCUAUGUCUCACCAGUAACCACUAGAGAUACCAAUGCACCAAUGUUGACAUCAUCGAUUACUUCCAUCUCAACUAUAGUUCAGGGUAAUAAAACGCCCUCUCCUAUAGGUGGAACCCAGACACCCUAUGUCUCACCAGUAACCACUAGAGAUACCAAUGCACCAAUGUUGACAUCAUCGAUUACUUCCAUCUCAACUAUAGUUCAGGGUAAUAAAACGCCCUCUCCUAUAGGUGGAACCCAGACAGGCAGCAAUGCACAAGAAACACAAGUUGGAGCUAUUAUUGGUGGAGUAUUAGGUGUUAUAUUGGUUAUUGGCGGUGUUUUACUCGCUAUAUUAGUUUGGAGAUGUUAUAGAGCUAAAAUACCAGACGAGGACACAAAUUACUCUUCUUUAGAUCUACAAAAUAAUAUCAAUCCUGCGGACAUGACGUAUCAAAGUCUUCAAACUAAUCUUUCUUCUAACCAACCCGCGGCAUCUACCGCUGAAGUUUGUGAAAAUCGUUCGACUAACAAAGCAUUCUCUACUGAUGAAGAUCUUGCUUCAAAUCAGCCAACAUUCACAGAUGAAACAGAAACAAAUCACAGUCUUUCUUCUCCACCAACUUAUGAAAAUCAAUCUAGACCCAUUGGCCCAACAAAUAUAAACCCUGAUCCAGGUGAACAAAUACUAAACCAUCAACAUUAUGAAAAUCUUACUUCAAACGAACCAACACAUAACCAUUCAGAUUAUGAACGUCUUACUUCAAAUCAACAAGCCUCCACAGAUCAUGUUUAUGGGAGUCUUCACUCAGCAGAAAGUUGUUCGUCAUCUCAACCGAGGUUUGCGGAUUAAACCAAUGAAAAUAUUAAUAGUACUUCAGAUGAUGAACUAAUAAACAUCCAGAUUAUCAACACCUUACUGUAAAACAAUUAACAGCAACAGACCGUGAAUAUAAACCGAUUGCUAAUAUCUUAAUUUGAAACAAUCAGCAGCAUAGAUCAUGAAUUUAAAUGUCCCCCAUAAGCUUUGACAACAAUAAGCUUGUUGUAACUCAUGGCCCCAUGAGACCCUGUUCAUAAUACUGUAUAUAGUUUGCCAGACAAUAAUAUGACUGACAUUAUUUGAUAAUGAUACAAUCUUGCAAUCUUAUAUUGCUGCAGUGCAUUUCCAGUGGACUACUUCUAAUUGCUAAAGGGUGGUAACCCCGAGAUAAUAUUUCGUUCCAUUUAGUGCGGGGCAGAGUGUAUUUGUUCGGAAAUA